AUGGGUACGAAGGAGGCUAUGCACAACAAGGACUUCGCUGCUUCGAAUGAAAUCGAACACACUGACGACACCCAUGUGACCUUCGAGGCCAUAGAGGAUGCCGAGGAGAGGCAAGUUGUGCAAAAGCUGGAUCUCCACGUGCUACCUCUGAUGACUUUGGUGUAUUUCUGCAUGUGUGGGCUGAUCGAUCUAGAUUUGGACAAGCAAUCCAUCACAUAUGCUGCCAUAUUCGGAUUACGCUCAGACCUCGAUCUGCAUGGUGAACAGUACAGCUGGUGUGUAUCCAUGUUCUAUCUCGGCCAGCUACUGUCCAACUGGCCCGCCGCAUACCUUCUUGGCCGACUGCCUCUGCGGACCUUUAUAGGCUGCACGGUCGUAGUCUGGGGCGUGUCCUGCGUUUGUGUCGGUCUCCCACAUAACUUUGCGGGUUUGAUGGCUGCUCGAUUCUUUCUCGGUUUGACCGAAGGAGCCGUUUCUCCCGCCUUUGUGAUGUUGACUUCGGUUUGGUACAAGCGUCGCGAGCACCCUGUGCGCGUUGCCACAUGGGUUUCGAUGAAUGGGUUCGCUCAGAUUGUGAAUGCUCUCAUCAUGUUCGGCCUCGGCCGUGCCAGACUUGCUGCUGCCCCCUGGAGAGUUCUGUUUUUCAUCAUUGGUGGCCUGACCGUCACCUCAGGGUUGCUGUUUUACUUCCUACUGCCGGGGGAUACCACGACCGCGUGGUUUCUGACGCCACGCCAGCGAGAAAUCGCGACCAGGAGGCUGGCGAUAGAUCGCAGUACCCGUGAUCGGGCAGACUUCAACCGAUCCCAGUUUAACGAAGCAUACAAAUCACCCAUCACUUGGCUCUACGUGUACAUGGCGCUUGGUAUCACUCUCACCACAGCCAUCCUCAAGUUUUCUUCCAUCGUCAUUAACGGCUUCGGUUACGAUAAAUAUACUACGAUGCUCGUGGGACUGCCUGGUGGUCUCAUCAACAUUCUGACCACGUUGUUUGGGGCAUUCAUCCCACGUCUUAUCAAGGGCAAGUACAGUCGAACGUUUACGGCCCUUUUCCUGUGCUGUAUCCCUCUUUUGGGUGCCAUACUGCUCGCGACGCUGCCUGCUUCGCACCCUUGGGGCAUUGUUGCGUCAACCUGGAUGGCGACGGCCGUCACUUGCUUGCUCAGCAGCUGCUCAGCUCUCAUGGCUAGCAACGUAAAGGGAAACACGAAGAAAUCAUCGAUCACAACGAUGUUCUUUGUGGCCUAUUGCGUCGGGUGUAUCAUAUCGCCUCAAGCUUGGACAGAAGACUCGGCGCCCCGGUAUCUCAAGGGCUGUAUUCUUAGUAUUGCUUCGUUGAUUUUCUUGAUGAUCAUCUUGGUUGUCUAUGCGUUCCUGCUGAACAAGGAAAACAGCCUGCGGGAUAAAAGGGCGGUGGAGGACAACAUUGACUACGUGGUGGAUAGUCAAGGAUCCGCGAGUGGCAUUCAGAGUGGCGUGGCUAUUGAUUCGGACUUGACCGAUCGCCAGGACAAGGCCUUCCGAUACAUUCUAUAA